AUGAGGGCAUCGCUUCAGGCAGCUGGUGCUCUCAAAGGAGCUAUGCGCAGCUUUACGUUGCCCCUGCCUCGACCUUCAAUUGUGUUGACGGUGGUUCCACAAGCAGUCUCUAGUUGGUCAAAAGUGUCCUCCUCUCCCCACGAAAGACUCUUCUCGACCACACCAUGCGCCUCGGCAGCUCCGCUGUUGUCCUCGGGAAAAUCGACAGCCUCAUCUGAAGCAUCAGUCGCAAAAGGCCCCAUUCGAGACGAGGCCAUCAUUCCGCUCUCGUCGUACGUCCGUCUGGUCGAUCCGAAAACUGGCUCGCUUGCAGGUCCAUUCAACACACGUCAGAUCCUCGCCAAACUCGACCGCACCAAAUUCUUCCUCCAGCAAGUAGCACCCGCACAAAGCUCUCGUGCUACGAUUGACUACGACCCGUCCUCUCCGCCUUCGACUGUCGACGCUUCGCAGUUGGUCCAAUUCGCGAUCUGCAAACUGAUCGACAAGAAGGAAGAAUUCGAUCGUCUCCGAAACCUCAAACGCAAAUCGCACAAUGGCUCUUUCAACCAGACAGCAGCUAACAGCACCAGCUCGAGCAAGGAGGUGCAGCUCACUUGGAGCGUCAGUCCGAACGAUCUAGCGCAUAAGCUGGGGAAAGCCAAAAAGGAGAUGUUGAAAGGUGCUAGGAUCAACGUGGUAAUUUCGACCAAGCCCGGGGGGAGAAAGUACAUUAAGGGGUUGAAUCCGGAGCUGGACGAGCAGAGAGGACGGCUGUUGGAGCAUAUCGAGGAGUUCCUGUGCACAGACACUCAGGAUGCUCAACAAACGGCCGAGCAAGCAGAGGAGAAGGGAUCGGCGAGAAUAGCAAGAAGACUGGGCGAAAUUGAUUGGCAAAGAGGUGGUUCGGCUGCCGUCAUGUCUUUCGAGUGCUUCAGAAAUAAAUAA